GUGUAUAUGUGUGUAUUCAUUCAUGGGUCUGACAGGUCCAGGAACAAAAGGAUCAUCAAAGAUCUCUUGCACAAUUUGGCUGGCUUGAUGCUUUUGAUUUUGAUGCUUCGUAGCCUUGGCAAUGCUCCUUUGAUUCGGACUCAGCAGCCGAACUCCCCUCUUUAGAAGUGAUGGGCCGUUGCACCAAGGUUUGGCACAUUCAGGAAGAAAGUGCAGUGCUUUGCUCCUCUUCAUGCUUGCACCAUCUUUAUCCUUUGUUUCAGACUCCUCAAGAGGGUUGGUCGGCUUGUGCAGCUUAAGCGCGUCAGUUGGGCAUGAAGUUAUCGUUUCUUGGCGUGUUGGGGUCUUAUGUUUCUACAGUACCUGUUCAAGCUUUCUCUUGCUGGCAGGCAUGCGCUUUCCGGCAGUCCAUCUGCGUGGGCAGAUGUCUAGAUUGGCUCACUACGGCAACGAGGCAAGCGACGAAGAUGAGUUUGACUUUGUUGAUUCCUCCAGAUCAGCACAGAGUGACGACUACUGCAUGCCCCCGGAAGCCGUUGAAUCGGGCUCUGCUGGUAGCCCCUCGCCUAGUCGGCACUCUGGACUACUGCCUGGAUUUGGCCUUGGAUCUGACCUCUCCGAACCAGAUUUCCUUGGCGGUGAGACGGACGACGACAGCGACAGAGAGACUGAGUCGGACGGCGAGAUCUCCAAUGCGAACAACCUGGAGUUUGAGGACGAAUACACCUGUGACUCAGAAGAAGCACUGCUCCCGCCACAGCUGCCAGUGGUGGCAGAGGAGAAACUCCAAGAGUGCUGGCCACUUGGUGAUGCCACUUUUGCAAUCUUCAUUUGCCCAAUCACGCAUGAUGUCAUGACCGACCCUGUCGUCAGUGCUGAUGGCUAUACCUAUGAAAGAGCUGCCAUUGCCAGAUGGUUUGAGACGUCGCGGAAGAGCCCUGUCACUGGCCAGACUUUGCCACAUGCUGAUUUGGUCCCAAAUCAAUCAGUACGAACCCUUUUGAAGACGAUCAUUGACAUGACAGAAAAGCACCAGGAGAAGAGUGCGCAAAGCCAUGGAAAACAUCGUGACUCUUCAAGUUCUGAUGGUUGGUUUGGAACGUGCGAGCGCUGCGAAGUGGCAGAUCGACGCAGCGAAGCAGAUCAAACGGAGACCUCCAAGGAGGCUCAGAAAGUGUGGUCAAAAGCGAGAACCAGCUGCUCAUCGGCUUCAGCAUCCUCUGUGCCUGUCUCAGACUGGCCAAAAUGUUUAGGGUAUUGAAGCAAAAUUGUACCAAUAUUGAAAUAUUGCAAUCUUUGCAAGAUGGUUUUGCGUUUUGCAAUGAGAGUUGGCUUCAGUGGUUUUGCGUGCUAAGAGCAGCUCUUCCUCUUCAUCCUUUCCGCAAGUUGGUGUGGGCGUGGGACUUGGUGGGUUAUGACCUCAACCCAGGUGUCCCAAGUAGCAGUCACGAGGAUGACAUGGUGGUUUGUGACUUGUACAUAUAUACUUGUACAGUGCACCAAAUGAAGAUAUUCAAGAGAGCAGUUUGCUCAGUUGAAAUUUGCUAUGGGUUGUGCUGCUAGGAUAUGUGAAUGGUGACCAUGACGC